AUGGAGCAUGAUUCAGCUGUAGAAAUGUUUAACAAUGCUUUAAAAGAGAAUAUAAAAUUUUCAACAUACACUGGUGAUGAUGAUUCUACCACCGAGGCUCGUAUAAGGCAGAAAGUUUCAUAUGGUGUUGAAAAACUGAGUGAUGUUGUACACACACAAGGUCAUUAGCAACCAGACUUUAUAACUUGAGUCAAAUUUCAAAAUAGUUCGGUCUUAUCACAGAAAGUUAUUAAUUAUUUAGUUAAAUAUUUUUCUUAUGGCAUCGCUCAAAACAAGGGGAAUUCCAAGAAAAUUCAAAGUGUAAUAAAAAAUGUUGUACCACAUGCAUUUGGAAAACAUAUUGUGACACGACCUGGUGUCAUUACAAGGAGGACCCCGGAAAAUACAAGCACAAAUCUCUUCCUUAUGAUAAGUAAGGAUCUAUACGGUGACAAGUUGGAAGCUGCCCUACAGCAAAUAUUUAAUGAAUACAGUACAGAUAUUGUAGCAGAAAAGUUAGCCCCUCUAACCAACUCACAACAAAAUGAAUCGUUAAAUGGUGUCAUUGGCUCAAAGAACCCAAAAAUACGGUUUUAUGGAGGGAGUGAAACUACCAAUUUUCUUGCUGCCUGUGGGGUUGCACAAACCAACCUAAGGUACGGCUAUAUCAACAAAACCUUGCAAGCUUUAAAUAUCGAGCCUGGAAGAUUUUGUGAACAAUUUAAUGAAAGGAUGACCCAGAAACUAAAUCAUGAUAAAUCUAGAAAGUCAACUGUAGAUUUUAAACGUAGAAGGUCACACAUGCAGUCUCAAGCUUGA